CCUUAAGGCCAGGUUGGAAUGGCACGAGGAAUUCCGGUGGACGAGGGACUCCUUUUUUCCUUGGCGGAGAGGACGGAGAAUUUUGGUCACAUUCCCGCGCACGGAAUACCCCUCCACUGCAACAUUUUAUCUUUCGGCCGCUAUUGACCAUGGUUGCUGUGCUCGAGUAACUUGCUAGUCCCUUUUCUUCAUUAUCCGUUACCGGUAUUGAAACUAGCACAUUGUAGGGUUUGGUGGCACCGACUCGAUUGAGCCGGAUUUACCGCCUUCACCCGUGCCGUGCCCUUCAACCUGGUAUGAUACUGCUGGUGGAGCUUUGGAGAGGACUAUGCGAGUACAAGCAUGUCGUUGUUGGCGGGGAAGGGAGGAGGGAUACUAUACCGGCACUGUAAAUACGGUACUGUACUACCCUCUCACAUAGCAACCCGUAUAUAUCAGAGCAGUGCACCCCGCACCCCGACCACAUCUCCUGACUGCCCGCGAAUCCACACGCCGCCCGAGUCAUUAUCGACAAAAGACUCUCCCCCCGAAUAUAGUUGUCGUUAGUUAUCUUACCCGAACCUGCUAUGACCAGUGCAUCCCACACCGUCCCUGGGCCCCUCGAGGUCGACCCGGCUUGGGUAAGUCAACUGCCGAUAGACUCGCAUUGAAAUAUCGAAGCUGAUAUCGGAGAGCUAAACAGAAAGAGACAUCAGAUUACGAGAGUGCAGAGUAUUUGGCUUCGUAGCUUGCUUUGAGAUAUAAUUCUAACUAUCGCUAGGAGUGAAUAUUCUACAGCUUCACUUUCUGAAUCCAUCCGAGCGUAAGAAAAAAAUAAAAAGAAGAAAAAAAAAAGCCCCAGCUACUUUGCCUAGCAAAAUCUCUUUCUUACCGAUGUCGUCGUAUUCCAGGUAUCGAUACGAAAAUGGGCGUCGAUACCACGCUUACAAGGACGGGUAGGGAACUUAGCCCCGGAGCCUGUUAUCCUAGCGAGUUAACUUGGCGCAGGAGGUACAACCUUCCAAACGACGAGGCCGAGCAAGAGAGGUUAGUCCCAGGCUUGAUAUCCCUACUUGGAAGGCGCUGCUGAACAACAACAGAUUAGAUAUUUUUCACCACAUCUAUCUCCUCAUGCUUGAUGGCAAGUUGUUUCGAGCACCUGUCGGUGAUGACGUUCAGAGGAUCUUGGAUGUCGGAACCGGCACAGGAAUCUGGGCUAUUGAUGUUGCAGAGUGAGUGUGCGCCUUGAUGGUGAUGAAAGCUCUCUACUUAUAAUCCUGGAUAGAGCCCACCCUACUGCAGAGGUUGUCGGAACAGACCUUAGCCCAAUUCAGCCAAGCUGGUGUGUAGCUCACCCAAGCCUCUUGAAGCUACUCACGCUCAUCCCAAAUUUUCAGGGUCCCUCCCAAUGUGAGCUUUCAGAUUGACGACGCAGAAUCGGAUUGGACUUUUGCAAGAAAGUCAUUCGAUUUAAUUCACAUCCGCCAUCUAAAUGGUGGGAUCAAGGACUGGGGGAGGCUCAUCAGACAGGCAUUCGAGUGAGUAUCCCUGCUGUUCCGAGGCCAUUGCUGACCUGGCUUUUUGGUUAAAAGUGCCCUGAAACCCGGUGGCUGGCUAGAUAUUGAGGAGUACGAGUUCACACUUCAGAGCGAUGACGGAACUUUGUCCGACGAGAGCAAUCUGGCCAAAUAUUAUAGACUCGUGAACCAAGCUGCCGACUUACUGGGUGAGUAAAUUUAGCCAAGGCAUGGUUAACCUCCAGCUUCUACCUGGGGCUGACCUUGCAUAAAGGGCAGGAAUUUAAGAUUGCUUCCUCUUUGGAUAGGUUUAUUCUGGACGCCGGUUUCGACAACGUUCAUCACGAAGAGAUGAAACUCCCCCUCGGGACUUGGCCGGCCGAAAAAAAGCAAAAGGAGAUGGGGGCAUUUUUCCUGCUUACCACUGAGAACGCCUAUGAGGCGUUUGGAAUGGCUUUCUUCACUAGAACACUUGGAAUGACGAUUCCUGAGGCCCAGGAGGUGAUUACGGCAGCCAAGAGGGAAUCCCGGAGCAAAAAGUCUCAUACUUACUCGACUCAGUACGUUUUCACGACACCCAUCCAAACGCUUGGGCUAAUGUAUGGCAAAACAGGCAUUUGUACUAUGCGCAGAGACCCUUGGAAAAGAGUGGUCCCGAAGAGAGUGGUCCCGUGUGAUCGUGUCUGGUGAGAAAAUUAGACACUUGAAGAUUUUCGUGUAACGGGAGAACUCUUGCGGGAUGAUCCAAUUUUAAGAUAUUACUCUAUCUCACUCACCUCUUGCGUCUCUUGCGUUUCUUGGGUGCGUCAGUCGUACCCCCGUAGAUACAAAUUUGUUUCUCCCC